GUUUUUCACAAAAUUAUUACAACGGGUCACCAGCGUCUCCAGCCUCUCUUUGAUUGCCUUAUUACCAUCAUCGAUAAUGUCUCACCUUACGUGAAGAGCCUCUCAAUGGUCUCAGCCUCUAAGCUGCUGCAUCUCACUGAGGCAUUCAGUCAACCCUGGUUCCUCUAUUCUGCUCCAAAUAACUACCAGCUUGUUCUCUUCCUCCUCGAGGUCUUUAACAACAUUAUUCAAUACCAAUUCGACGGAAACUCAUGUUUGGUGUACUCUAUCAUUCGGAAGCGUCAGGUGUUUUACCAGCUGGCAAACCUGCCUUCUACUGAUGAGGAUAUUCGGGAGAUUCUCUCCAAACACGGUGGUCUUAGGCGACGAUUUGAGGUGCCUUCUGAGACAGAGGAAGAUGACCCGGAAGAAGAGGUGGUGGAGGAGGAGUUGGAAGUAGAUCAAGAGGAAGAGAAAGCACCGAAUAAGACGACUGAAGACAAGGAAGUAGUAGAGGAGGAGGUGAUUGAGAAGAAACAUAAAGAAGGAGUAGAGGGGAUGAAUGGUGAUUCUACUAAGGCGUCUUCAAAGGAGGUUGGAUCAAAGAGCGAUGGCACGGCAGAGGCUGACGAUGCAAACGAACUUAGCAACUUGCAGACAAGUCUUGUGGGUACUCCCAGUCUCGCUAGCAUGACAACAGGCACUGCACCGGUGGGCUCAUCAGCCGAUGCCGCGGAACGUGUUUCCGGAGAUGACCUUCACUCCCACGAAGGUCCUUUUUCCCCGGUCCACAUUGCCUUUCCCUCCUCCUCCUCCACUGAUGUGCCUGGAAGUCGUCAGUUGGAGGAGACUUUUGCUGUUACUCACUCGCCUGAUUUCAUCAUUGAAAAAGUCAAAUAUUCAUUAACGCGAAAACUCUUUGGCAUUAAAUUGCACACCUAUUUUCCAUAUUUACAGCGAAGGAAGGUGGAAACUAAUAAAGCUUCAAGCCUAAAAUCCGAGGAAGGAACCACCACUUCAACUGCUGUCAUAACGGAAUCGUCGAAACCUUCGAAAAAGUCCCAGCCUCGUCGAAUGACAGCAACAUCUGCGGCGGCAUCUAGCACCACCACGACGACGAUGCCAUGGCGACCAACAGCGCGCUGGGUGGCUGAAUGGCGUGAGAUGCUCCCCCUCCAGACCAUUAUGCGGAUGCUUCAAGUCCUUGUUCCUCAAGUGGAGAAGAUUUGCAUUGAGAAAUCACUCAAGGACGAACCGCAAAUCUUGAAGUUCUUACAGAAUGGAACUUUAGUUGGCUUGCUACCAGUGCCACAUCCAAUCUUGAUCCGAAAGUAUCAAUCGAAUGUCUGUACCACUGUCUGGUUCCGCACCUACAUUUGGGGUGUGAUUUACCUCAGAAACUCAGAUCCACCAAUCUGGUUCGAUACCAAUGUGCGUCUUUUUGAGGUUCAACGGUCAUAG